AUCUUUCGAUCCUGCCUGUCAAUGUCGGAUAAAACUAAAUUUCAUUUUAUAUUGGGACAAAUUUUAAAACAACAAUAAUUUUGAAUUUAAAUCCGAUUUCAAGAAAUUAUAUUUUAUGCAGUAUACAUUUUAUCAAUGGAACUUUAUAACAUACAGUGUAUGCUUUUUGUAAAUAUCUGAAUAUAAUGUCCUGUAUAAACAUUUUAAAUUCAUUAAAAUGGUAGUGUUACAAUGGCGAUUUCAAUGGAGAGGACUAUACAAUAGAAUUAAGGAAUAUAUAAGAUGGAAAAUAUCUCAAGUUUUCUUGACAUUCUACACUCUCACAUACAACACACAUACGGAUAAAAACUAUAUAAUUGAUUGUCUUUUAGAACCGAUUUUUUGGUUUGUUGAUAACUUUGCUGGCAAUUUAGGAAAGGUUUUUGUAUUCUGUGUAACAGUUUUAACAACAGCUGUAGUAGCUAUAGCUUACUGGGUAGGGUUACCGUAUUGGUGGCAGAAAAAUCAAUACAUAACGAUAUUUUUGGUUGUGUUUGGUAACUGGUUAUUGCUCAAUAUUGUUUUUCAUUACUACAUGGGUGUCUCGACUCCUCCUGGUUAUCCACCACACGGAUCGAUGAUAUCAGAAGCCGCUAGUAUUUGUAAGAAAUGUAUUUCACCAAAACCUCCCCGGACACAUCACUGUUCAGUUUGCGAUAGAUGCGUACUCGCUAUGGACCAUCACUGCCCAUGGCUUAACAAUUGUGUGGGAUAUUUCAAUGUUCGCUACUUUUAUCUCUAUAUGGCUUACAUGGUAGCGGGAGUGGCUUUUGUCAUUAUAGCUGGAUUGGACUUGGGUUAUCAAGUUCUCUGGGUAAACGAUACAGGUGGACUAACACAGGAAAAUUAUCCAGAUCUGAUUGGGCAUCCCGUUCGUAUGAACCAAAGUGGUGUUCUGGUGCCGGUACAAGUAAUUGCCGAGUACGAUUCGGAAAAUUCGCCCCGAGAACACGAUCUUCCCAUACCAAUAAUAACUGAGGCCCAAAGAAUUACCGCGCAUCCAUGGAAAAGAAAAGCAGUUGUUUUCAUGGCAGUAACCUGUGUUUCAGUCCUGUUCGCUCUUGGCGCAUUGAUUAUAAUGCACGGAAAAAAUAUUAGCAGAGGCGAAACGAGCGUCGAAGCUCACAUUAAUGCGUCGCUGAGAAAACAGGAUAAAAACCGGUUUAGGAAUCCGUACAAUUUUGGCAAAAAGAAAAAUUGGAAAUUGUUUUUAGGUUUGACACAGGGUAGGACAUUUUUAAGGCAUGUCCUUUUUCCAUCGACACACCCACCGUCUGGUAAUGGAUUGACAUGGCACACAAUACAUAAUGCGGUUGAAGAUUGGCCUUAA